AAUAUAGAUCCCAUCUCAAUUUAUUGGGACAAUGACAUAUGUUUGUAGAAAAAUAAACAAGUGAGGACAUGUCAACGUGUACACAAUACAAUCACAAAUUAAUGCAUAUACACCACCACUCAACUACAAUUUCAGAGCAUUCCAUAUAAAGGAAUCCUAAAUCCAACUACUACAGUUACUUUUACAGCAAAAAAAACUUAGAUCGAAAGAGAGACACACACGUCAUUCCCGUAUGCAUUUAAUAGAGUGAUAACAAAUUGGUUGGGAAGUUAUUUUUUGGUAAUCUUAAAUGGUUGGGAAGUUCACCCAAUUAAAGACAUAAGGUGCUACAUUUUACCAUUUAUAAAUAUACAGUUGGGUCUCUCUCUACUCCGUAUACUUCACAAUUAAACUUCACUCAGUACAUCCUUAGCUUACGCACCAUGUGCACAUUAGAGAAGCGUGGAGAUCUCUUUCUCCUAACCUUAACCGGCGACGACGAGCACAGAUUCCACCCGGACACGAUCACCUCCGUUCUCUCACUUCUCCAACAAGCAAAAUCUCAAUCCACACGUGGCUCCGUCCUAAUCACAACAGCUCAUGGAAAAUUCUUCUCAAACGGCUUUGACCUAGCUUGGGCCCAAUCCGCUGGUUCCCAAACCGGCGCAGUAAACCGGAUGCACCAAAUGGUCGAAUCUUUCAAACCUGUGAUAUCAGCACUCUUCGAACUUCCCAUGCCGACGAUCGCCGCUUUAAACGGCCACGCGGCCGCCUCGGGGCUGAUGUUUGCGUUGAGCCACGACUACGUUUUCAUGAGGAAAGACCGUGGCGUUUUGUACAUGAGCGAGGUGGAUCUUGGGCUGCCCUUGCCCGACUACUUUGCGGCCAUGUUUGCCGCAAAGAUCGGGACGAGUAUCGCUAGAAGAGAGCUGUUGCUGAGUGGGAAGAAGCUCAAAGGAGAGGAAGCUGUGGCUUUGGGGAUCGUUGACUCCGCGGGGCAGGAUAGUGCGGAAGGUGUUGUGGAGGCUACGGUGAGCCUUGGAGAGAGCUUGGCGGCUAAGAGAUGGAAUGGUGAGGUUUAUGCGUCGAUCAGGAAGAGUUUGUAUCCGGAGGUUUGUGCGAUGUUAGGUUUAACGGCCAAGAUCGCUGCAACUCCUUAAUUUCUUAGCGUUUUCUUAAUCAGGCGGCAACCUUUUUCAAAUCAGAAUACUUUACAAAAUUGUUAUAUUAUUGUUGCUGAAAAAUGGCAUGUCGUUAUAAGAAUUUAAGGAGAUGGCACCGUUUAAUACUGAUCUUUUGGCAAUACAAAAUUUAUAUUAUUAUUGCAGGAGCCAGGAAGACGCGGUUUGGGUGUGUUACGGCUUUAUGCUUAUCUAUACAAAUCUGAUUGAACUGUCUUUAUGACAAGAAAACAGCAUAUAAAAGUUGUACUUCCUAUGAAGAUGGACCCGCACCGGUUGUUAUGUAGCUAAAUAUUAAAAACUUUCGUA